AACUCGUUCUUUGGAGAACAAAAAGUGCUGAAACUGCGCUGAAGCCACCGUGAAUAUAUUGCUUGCAGGACCGCAACGAUUUAAAAAUAUUUUCACAAUGCAGCUAUUUGUUUUUAUUUAAAGCAUCGAAUUGUUUAAUUCAACGGUCCUAUAAUGAUGACACCACCACAAUCCCAAAUUAAACUCUUAAAUAUUUUCUGACUGUAAUACGCUGUUGCGCCUGCUUGAAUAGCUUUGGGUAUGCGGUUUUGAGUAUCAGUAGUGAGAAAGGAAGAUUUGAUUUAUUUUUACUUACAUUAUGGAAUCAUUGCAGUUAAAGAUUAAAGAUCUUAAUUGACAACAUUGUUUUAUUUAAGAAUAAGAAGAAACUGUUCUACAAGACGGCAUGGCAUAUCUCCCUAUAUAUCUGAACUCUGUUAUUCUGGUGCUGUUUCGUUAUGACAUCUGUUUGGUGGGAGCAAAUAGGCCACCUGCUCCUGUUAACAUUACUGUCACCCAGCUGAAAGCUAAUGCUGCCACUGUAUCCUGGGAUGUUCCAGAGGGAGAUGUCAUCAUUGGCUACACCAUCUCUCAGCAGAGGCAAGAUGGACAGAUGCAAAGGUUCAUCAGGGAAGUCAACACAACAAAUCGUGCCUGCGUCCUCUGGGAUCUGGAUGAAGACGCAGAUUACAUCAUCCAGGUCCAGUCCAUCGGGCUGUAUGGGGAGAGUCAAGCCAGCAAGCGGAUUCAUUUUCGAACCCUGAAAGAAACUGACCGCUUCCCAUCCAACAGCUCAAACCAAGAUGACCCGACGGUGCAGGGAAUCAAAUACCGACAGCUUCAAACUGGGGAGAUGAUCAUUAUAGUGGUGGUGCUCAUCAUGUGGGCAGCUGUGAUUGUUCUGUUCUGCAGACAGUAUGACAUCAUUAAAGACAACGAUUCAAACAAUAACAAGGAAAAGGCCAAGCCUUCCUCCGAGCACAGUACGCCUGAGCGACCAACAGGAGGGCUACUGCGCAGUAAGUUUCAGAAAGCGCCAUCAAUCAACAUCAUUGAAGUCUGACCCAAGAGUACAGUAUGUUGCCCUAAAGACAAGCCCUCUGCAGAGGCUCUUGUGAGACAGUGAGGCAGUGGAAUGGUUCCAAGGUGGGAGACCUUUAACAUAAACGCAUGUCACUUUCCAAGCCAUUCAGCCCUGUAAGAAAUGUGAACGAGGCCUAAAACAUAAUGCAUGACAAAUGCAAAGAAGCACCUAAUCUAUUUUGAUGAUUGAUCAUUUGGAAACAGAGUCAUUUGAUCUUGGAUGUCCAUUCAUAGAUGUAAACAGUGCAGUGAAGGCCAAGAAGAUAAGGUUGACACUUUGCAUUGUCUUAACAGUGCAUUCUCUGGACUACAUUUUUAGCAGGAAUGACGUGUAAGAAUACAGUCAUGAUAUAGUCUAUUUUUUGCCAACCUCAAUGAGACAUGUUUUAGGAGCAGCCAUAAAUGAUAGGCUAGAGGACACAGAGAUAUCUAAUCUGAAAGUUCUGAAAGAUACAAACAUCUGAUUUUAUUGAAGAACAUGUCAUACUCUGAGGCUUGGGUUUGGGUAAAACAUCCAUUCACUUUUGUGAGCCUAUUUGAUGAACACUGAUAUAUGAGUCUACAGUAUAUGACAGGCUAUGCUAUUCUGGCAACAUUUAUCCAACUAAUAUUAACUUGCCACAGAAAUAUCAAAAAAUAUUUUCUUUCACAGAGUCAACAUAUAAUUAGACUGGACUAUUUUGAGUGAAAAAAUGUUUCUAAUAGUUCCUACAGGAGAUGCUUCAUAAUGGUAACAAUUAAAGCAAUAUAUGUUUAAUAAGUGCCUAGCGCCCUUGAAAACACAUCGCAUGUGAAUCAAUCAUGUCAUUGACAUUUUGCUAGAAAUCUGUGUUCUCUGUCAACUAAAUUACACAUGAGCAGUUGUCAUUCAAACAUUCUGUUAAUUUCCCAUGGGCCUAGGUAUGAUAUUGUGUUUACUUCAGUUUUGUAAAUCAAAAAAAAAAAAAAACUACAUGGAAUAAAAUAAUUAAAUAUAUAUUUUUAAGCCAACACAACAUGAUAUUGAAGACAUAAUGGGGAGGAUUUUCAAAAAUCAGCAUUAUUGUCUCGAACUCUUGGUAUAGUAACGACAGAUUUUAGUAGCAAGUGAUCUUCAAAUGAAAUUUGUUAAUAAAAUCAAUCCAAUAAUGCUUUGAAACUGAGUCAAUGAGCUUGUUAAUAAACACAUUUCUCAGUAAAAAGUUUAAUUGUCGCAGGUCACGUACAUCACUUCCUUUCUCUAUGACUACAUAAGGGAAGCUCGUUAAUCAAAAUGCAUGCUAACAAGAUCAAGAAAAUAAUUUGCUGUUAUCACCUGCUGGAAAUGUAUAGGGACAAUAGACACACACACGGGUCUGUUCCUCUGCAUCACACUGGCCAACAUGCAGGUG